UAGCGGCAGUGUAACUACACUUCCCGGCGUUCAGUGCCAGGAGCUUUCGUGUGGGACUGCUUUAUUAACUUCACCUUGACUAUCUUGCGAGCUCAGCUAAGCGCUAAGAAAAAAAAAAAAAAAAAAAAAAAAAAAAAACUGAGAGUCGUUCGGGUAACACAACUCCGGGCUGACAUGAACGGCGGAGUGGAGAGCGAUGUGCAUACAUUGGAGAUCCGUCUGAAGCGGGGUCCAUCAGGUUUGGGGUUCAAUAUUGUUGGAGGGACAGACCAGCAAUAUGUGUCUGAUGAUACUGGCAUCUAUGUUUCCAAGAUUAGAGACAAUGGAGCAGCAGCACUCGAUGGGAGACUACAGGAAGGAGACAAAAUUCUUGCGAUCAAUGGGCAAAAGCUGGAGAAUCUUUCUCAUAGUGAUGCCGUUCAGCUCUUCCACUGCGCUGGGGAAGAUGUUGUGCUUUCUGUGUUGCAACAGCCAUCCAAUCAGACGAAUGGUCCUUUAAGGCCGAGAGGAUCCCUGGAGCCUGGUGUUUCAUUCUUUGGAGUGAUUAUGUGUUCUGCUAUGCUGGCUUUUGUGGCCUUCUUAUACAUGCGACAUCGGCACCGGAGAGGAAUUCUUUGAAUCCAGCGUUACUAGUCAUUCUUUUUUUUUUUUUUGUGUUAAAUUUUAUUUUUUAUUUCUUCUGUUUUAAAAGUGAAGAACACCAGAGAACUGAUUACUUUCAUGUUAUUUUUGGGGUGAAUAAAAGUCCCCUAUGAUUGACAGAAUGCUGCUCUUUAUAUAAUAUGUGCUUACUGUAUAAUAUGAAAAUUAAUUUUGAACGGUCACUCUCCAAAUGUAAUAAUUACGUGGCUUUUAAAAAAAAUUCUGUUAACCAAAAAAAGUUUAUACAAAGAAAACAACAUUUAACAUAGGCUGGGAAAAUGUCAGUCAGUUGUGUGCGUUCAAUCUCUCUACAAUCAUUUCAUCGAGCAGGAGACAGAGCUCACUUUUUUUUUAUAUAUGAGCUUGAAUAUCACUUCAUCAUCAAACUGAUAAAAUGUUUCCAUUUCACUGACUGUGCUGUAUUUGGGCUUUGAUCAGUGCAAGGGAAAAAUAAAUGAUGUAUCCAUUUCUAGUGGUUCAAAUACACGCAGGGAGACACAGCAUUUUCUUGUUUUCUUUUCUGAUGAUUAGAAUCUUUUUCCUUUGAAUCAUUCCAUACAAAUGUUGAAUAAAAAGUGAGACUGAGCUAA